CCGACGGGCUCUCAACUCGAGCCACUUGGUGAUCCUGUCCCCAGAUCUCCAACUCAUCCUCCGCCAGCAGGCGCUGAAACCACACAAUGCAAUCACAUACCCUGCAACCAACCAACCGGCCAAGAGAUUUCUUAUCGCAAGGCUGUGGGUUACGGAGAGUGCUUUGGUCCUUUCAGACUUCCUGCGGCAGUCUGCUUUUUGAACUCUCAGUCUCAUUGUUGGCUGCGGCACUUACACUCCGUUUGUAUGUUUGUAUGAAGCCUCCGUUGCUCUCGAUUAACUACCACAGUAACUUGAAUUCGGCCGCUCGCGAGCAUGCCGAUAAACCCGCCGCAGGGAGCACCAAGUGCAUCAUCUACCGCGGGGGUAUAUCGGCAGUUGGUAUUUGUUUGUCUCUCCCGGUUUCUUUGCUUCUGUUUUAGCUUAUCCCUCGCUAUUUCCCCCCGAGAUCACAGACAGAUAUAUGAUGCAUUCAUACGGAGCGCAUGUGACUGGUCCCUGUCUCCCAGUGCUGUGUCGCGGCAAGAGUUUUAUUUUUGAGGGGCUCUCGUCAUGGGCUGAUGCUGGACCCACUUUUUGCCGGCGCCAUUGCGGGACUUGGCCAUGUCGGCACCUGAACCUUUGCGACUGUGACCACGCCAAAACCACUGGUCGCUCAGCUCGCAGCUUCGGGCGGUAACUACGCGAAGAUCCGUACCUCGCUUCUUCCGCAUCGCUUGGCGCUUGCCGCUUCAACCCUCAAGAUGUCGACGCAACAGCAGGCCAUGAUCAUGGAUACCAUCCUGGCGCUCAGGAGGACCCUGAAGCGCAAGGCGGACGAGUCCGACUCCGACUCGUCGAUUGACCGCCCCACGAACCGUGGCAACAAAUUAAAGAAACGGGCCAGAUUUGUCCGCCAGGGCCAGCUGAUGUCGUCGAUGGUCCCGGCGGCAUACAAGGAGAUCGCCGAACACGCCGGAUUCCAGCGAGCCAUCAUAAAUCGCAACCCGCCGUUGAUCGACGAAGACGGCUACGACAUUGAGAGCGACGACGACGAGGAACAGGUCCAGGAGGCUAUUGCCUCGGCCGCCGAGGAAAAUCCGUACUCGGCCCUCCGGCUCGAACAAAUCCUGGCGCCGCUAACGGCGGUUACCGAUCUGCCGUCGCACCCGACUCUGUCGCGCCCGUUCACGUCGAAGGCUCUGACAGAAUUGGUGGAGCAAGGGCGAAACCUGAUGCAGAAAGAGAACGCGGCGCUGUGGAAAGCCAAACCUCUGCUCACCAAGCUGGUGGGCGACCACACAUGGGCGCCCUGUGGGCUCAUGAUCUCGCCCGACGACUCCGACGCGCUGCUGUUCACCGACACGGCGAGCUUCUUCAACCGCCCCAAGAAUCGUCUUCCUGCGGAAGCCCCGGUGGCUGCCAGUGUCAAUGGGGUCCCGAAUGCGCUCGAAGAAAGUACAUCUACGGAAUCAGGACAACGGGGAGCGAGCCAGAACGGGUCGGAAGCCCAACCUGAUGCACGGCCAAGCGGUAACACGGAGCGGAAUAAGGACUCGGACGAGAAGGCGCCCGACGGCGAAACACUGCCGGACGCCCAAGCGGAUACGGUUGGUGAGGGCGAGCCAGAGGGACGAAGUAGCUCGACCGAAAAGCCCAAAGAAGACCAGCAAGUCAACGGCGGCGCCGGGGAUAGGGGCGGGCACGCUCAGGCAUACGGAACAUCGCACAACCUACAGACGGCGGGCGGUGAAGACGAGGAGAUGGCCGACGCACCCAGCGCCGGCCACAGCACAACAGCACAACAACGCGGCCUAACAAACCCACCGGUCGCAGCCGACUCGCCAGCGGCGUCCCCCGCGGCGGAGGGCGGCGCCGAAGAGCUUUUCAUCCACCCGAUGUUCCGGCUGCCGGCGGCGGCGCACGCGGACCGCGACCUGGGCCUGCCGGAGGCGGAGGCAGAGGAGGUGCGGCGGCUGCUGCUGCUGUACGUGCAGAAGCAGGAGGAGAUCUGCCGGGGCACGCGGCGGCUGUACGAGGGCCUGCUCAAGGCGGACCGGUACCGCAAGACGGUGUGGCGGUGGGCCAAGGCGGAGGCGCACUGCGGGCCCGACCGCGACAUGUCGGACGGCGAGGACUGGUACGACAAGGAGGAGUGGGGCCUGACCGAGGACCUGAAGAAGGGCGAGGACGAGGUCGAGGAGGACACGGCGCAGACGCAGAAGAAGACGCGGAAUCGGAAGUGAUGAACCCACACUUAACAACGAGUCAUUGGAGGUAGGGAGGGAUAUGGAUAACCCUACGUUAACGGCGGUCGGUUCAGGGAGGUUGGAAUGGGGAUGGGGAUUGGGUUCAGGGUUUGGGCUGUGGCGUUCGGUGUUAUUCGGUGUUACGUGGCUCCCUGGAAGGACUUAGACCUACGCAGCGGAUGCGUGCGCACACAACAUCCGUGUAACUAGGUAUCUUCCGGAAACGAGGCGCAGCGAUCCCAUGUUGGAACUGAAUGCACAUCAGCGUUGACGCUGUU